CCGGUGCAGAGGAGUCACUCUGUGAAGCGCACACAGACGCACAACAAAACCAAGAGGAGCUGACGCGCAGACGGACUACAGCCUUCUCUCUGAAUUUAGAGGAAAGCUCCAGAGAUUUGCACUUUGCACUGCCUCUGAGGAGUCUUUUUCUUUACUCUGAUUCACCUUGCAGCCAUAUUUUUUUGCAAAAAGGACGCACUAAAAGAUGCCACAAUGGUCAGGUAAAAGCAAAGGAGAGGCUUUGUGCAAAGUCAUGGAGUGAAAUAAUCUAUUUUUGCCAGAUUUAUAAUGCAAAUAAAAGCUUUUAGUUCUAAAAGCAAACAAUCCAAGUUUCAUCAAAAUCAGUUAAACUUGAUCACAAGUCUGGUUGCUUUUAAAAAAAAUCACCAGCAGACAGGAAUCUGGACGUUUUUUUAAUUGCAGAGGCUGCAGAUAUCUUGCAGACAGUGCAGGCUGCAUGAAUGAGUGGGAGGCAAAGCGCAACAUGCAGGAGUUUGGAGACCAGAUGAUUUAACGACUUUUAGAAAUAAAUAAAUCACUGCAAAUACACCAAGAACCUCAGAGUAAGUCAACUUUGAAUGUGAUAUUUGCUGGUUUUGAGUGCACUGGUAGUUUUUAGGUUAUCUGACUGAUCUGUUUGGCAAGAGGGAUUUUACGCGCGCAGAUAAAUGUUAAAGCUGCUGCUCUGGACUCCAGAUUUAUUUUUAAAGAGCUGAACUGUCGCCCCCAUUCAUCUUAGAAAAAUAAAACUGCUCCAAAUCACCCUCCCCAAGCAGGGAAAAUGUUGCUGAUUAGACUACUGCCUAUCUUCCUCGUCCUCUUCACAAACACGUGGCUGCUCAGCCCGGUCAGCUCUGACUCACUUACCCUGGACAAGCGCGCCAUGGCCAGGCGAGCAGACUCGGAGCUCUCCAGGCUGACAGGUGAACCCUGCACCGUCUCUGGAGUCUGGAGGUCCCGGCGACAACCCCGCUCCCUCCUCUCCUCGUCCCAACACCGCCCUCCAGCGGCGCGUCCGAGGACGCACACGACCCGGGGAGAGCUGCGCACUGUAAAGAGCGCGUCUGCGGUUUGUGGAGGAGGGUGCGGGUUUGACACCGGGGCGCAGGAUCAAGGUGGCAGGGGGAACACGGAGGAUGUGGUGGCAGGAUAUGAUAAUUCACACGGAAGAGCGCAGGGGAAAAGCUCCACGACUGACAGGGGAGACUCGGAUUAUGCCGCGCAUCAGCCAGGGGAGUCCGUGCGUAAAGACGCUGGAGAGUCCCGCGGCUCCAGGAUGACCCGCAGCCUCGACUCUACGUUCCCGUACGAGGAAGAGGGAAACUCCAGCCGGCAGAAAGUUCUCCCGGACAGCUCCACGGACUCCAGGGGCCUCCAGGUCCUCUAUAAGCUGCAACAGGGGGAUGUAGCCCCCCAGUCCUCCACGGGGAGCCCGGUGGACGCUACGGAGGACUACUUCGGUGAAGUGGAGGAGGUGGGUCAGCCGACGAGCCUGCCCUUGGGCAGCUCCUCUACGUGGGGGCGCCCCGUGCCUCGCGUGCCCCCUUCUUGGAUGACCGCCCUGUACUUCAGCGGGCGCCGGGAGCAGCUGAAGUUGAAGUCCACCGCUGGGGUGGAGCUGCCGAGGGCCAAAUUCAGUCUGGAGCUGUGGGUGAAGCCUGAAGGAGGGCAGAGCAACCCGGCCGUCAUAGCAGGUGUGUUUGACAGCUGUUCCCAUUCACUGAGUGAGAAGGGCUGGUCGGUAGGAAUCCGCACCUCGGAACCUGGUGUCAUCAAAGAUGCACGGUUCUACUUUACACUUCGAACGGACCGAGCCACCAAGUCCACCACCAUCUACAGCCACCAGCGGUACCGAGCCAACGCCUGGAUUCACCUGAUGGCCGUGUACAGCGGCCGCAGCAUGACCCUGUACGUUGAUGGAGCUAAGGUAGGAGAGAGCAGCCUCCAGACAGGUAAUCUCUACAGCCCCUUCAUGAAGACCUGCAGGACUCUCUUCCUGGGCAGUAUCCAGUCAGAUCAAGGACAAAGCUUCAGGGGCCAUAUAGGAGGUGUGGUGUUGUGGGGCUACACCCGCUCUCAUGAGGACCUACUGAAGCCACCACCCAAAACCGACAAGAAUGGACCGCUCCUGGCAAUGUGGGCUGACUUCAGUAAAGUGCAUGAUCUGUGGAUGCCGCACAAAGUUGGCUUCCAUCCGACCGUCAUCACCACUCCAGUCCCUGAACCAGAACUUGUCUCUGAGUUCCUGCCGCCACCCUGCGGCUUGACAACCUGCGACAACACAGACAUCAUCUUUGGCUACAACAACAACUGGCAGCUCCGAGCACACAAGCGUAUUCGCUACCGGAUUGUCAACCUCUCCAAUGAUGAUGGAGAAAACCCAACUGUGUCCCAAGCCCAGAUCCAGCUCCAGCACCAGGCUCUGACCGAUGCCUUUGGCCCUUACAACAUCAGCUUUGAUCUGAGUGUCCAAUCUGUGAAGAACUCCAGCCUCCGACAGCGAUUUAUCCUCAGCAACUGUCGGAUCGGAAAGAUUGGAAACCGGCAAUGUGAUCCUGAGUGUGACCACCCGAGGACUGGCCAUGAUGGAGGGGACUGUCUCAGACUGGGACCCUGCUAUAACUGGAAGAGGCAGGAUGGAGUUUGUAACAUGGAGUGUAACAGUAUACACUACGACUACGAUGAUGGAGACUGCUGUGACCCAGAUGUCACGGACGUCCUAAAGACCUGCUUCGAUCCUGAAUCACCUGACAGAGCCUACAUGAGCGUGAAGGAGUUAAAGGAGGAGCUACAGCUAAGCGGCACAGACACUCUCAAUGUUUUCUUUGCAAGUAACUCAGUGCGUGAAGAGCUGGCAGGAGCUGCAACCUGGCCGUGGGCAAAGGAGGCUCUCACCCACCAAGGUGGGAUGGUGCUGAACCCGUCCUACUUUGGUACCAUGGGUCACCACAACACCAUGAUCCAUGAGAUGGGCCACAUCCUGGGACUGUACCAUGUCUUUAAGGGAGUGAGCGAGCGGGACUCCUGUGACGACCCGUGCCAGGAGACUACCCCAUCCAUGGAGACAGGAGAUCUGUGCGCUGACACAGCGCCCACACCCAAAUCCAAAGCCUGCCAAGACCCCGGAGCCGUCAACGACACCUGUGGAGUCACAACAUACCAGGACACACCUUACAGCAAUUACAUGAGCUACACAGAUGACAACUGCACCAACCAUUUCACCCCUAACCAAGUGGCCCGGAUGCACUGCUACCUUGACCUGGUCUACCAGAAGUGGCUGACAGAUCAGAGACCUGCACCCAUCCCGUUUGCCCCCCUCGUCACAGACCAGAGUCCUGAUUCUGUCUCUCUUUAUUGGCUGCCACCUAUACGGGGACCGCUACAUCAGAGCUCUUCCCUCCAUGGAUCUAGUAUGAACUGUGGAGACUGUGAGAAAGAUGGCGUUUUCCACCAGUACGCCCACGAGGCUUCUUCACCUCGCAUCUGUGACACGUCAGGCUAUUGGACGCCAGAGGAAGCAGUGGGUCCUCCUGAUGUGGAGCAGCCCUGUGAGCCCAGUCUGCAGGCCUGGAGUCCUGAACUCAGCCUUUAUGACACCAACGUGACAUCGCCGUGUCCUGAUACCGAGGGCUGCACACUUACACUGAGCUUCCUCCACCCCAUUGUUCCACAAGCACUCACUCUCUGGGUCACCUACAUCUCUUCAAAAAACCCAGCCAUCGCCAACAUAGAGCUGAUAACAGACACGGGGAAGAGCAUCUACCUGGGACCCCAGCACGUCUUCUGUGACAUGCCUCUCACGUUGCGCCUAGACACUCACAGCACUGCCAUCGCUGCGAUAAAGCUGUGCACCUUCGAUGAGAAGAUGGAGAUUGAUGCUGCCAUGCUGUCAACAGGCCCUGGCAGCCCGCUGUGCUCCAGCUGCAAACCUCUGGUCUACAGGAUUCAGCGGCUGCCGCCCUUUACCGCCAAACCGCCUCCAGCUCAGACCCAGCAGACCUUCACCGACAGCUCUGUAAAGAAGGGAGUAAAGUACCUGUACAUGAUCCAGGUGAAAGUAGACGGUCUCCUCAGUGAUCCCUCCGCACCUCUGGUCUACACCCACGGGCAGCCGUACUGUGGAGACGGCCUCGUACAGGGGUUAGAGCGGUGUGACGACAGCAAUCUGUUGGAUGGGGACGGCUGCUCGAAGAAAUGCAGCAAGGAGACGGGAUUCAACUGUAACGGUGAACCCAGUCAGUGUUAUGUUUUUGACGGCGAUGGCAUGUGCGAGGAGUUUGAGCGGGGCUCCAGCGUGCGUGACUGUGGUUACUUCACACCUCUCGGCUACACAGACCAGUGGGCUUCCACAGCCACCGCUUCUCACCAGGACCCCGACCGCUGUCCCGCCCAUGCUGCCACCGGGGAGCCGUCACUCACCAAGCUCUGCAGGAAUCAGCACCCUGACGUCAGCGACAACAAGCUCACGGAUGCCUGGUCCCCUUGCACGGCCCAGCAGGACACGAGCAACGAUGUGGAGCCCUCGAUCUGGCUAAAGGUGGGAUUCGUCUAUCCUGGAGUGGCAUCCUCUGUGAUCGUGUACCUGGCUUCAGAUGGGUCGUGGUCUGGGGAGCAGUGUCAGAGGACAGCCACCAUCUUCCUGUCUGAUACCACUGGUAGAAACCACUCACUAGGUGCACACGACCUCUCCUGCCAACGAAACCCACUGGUUGUAAAUGUGACCCACGACCUUUCUAAGCCCUUCUAUGUCACUGCGUCUGUCAUUCUUCUUCUCUCCUCCCCCUUUGUGGCGGUGGGAGGUGUGGCCCUGAGGACCUCCUGCCACUUCAGCACCUUCGCCCUGACCGGCUGUUUGCGGCAGCCGUGUCAGAUGGACAGCUGCAGCCCUCCACAGUUAGACCACGCCUCGGUCAGGUGUACAGGAGGAGGAGAGGCCUCUGAGUGCUCUGUUCAGUGCCACCGUGGUUUCAGUAUCAACGUCGUCAGCGGCAGGGCAGCAAUGCCCCACCAGCGAGAAACUCAUCUGGAGUGCUUCCAUGGAUCAUGGGACCGUGUGGUUAGCUGUCAGCCUGUAGACUGCGGCCUGCCUGAUCAGUCUCAUGUCUAUCACGCCAUCUUCAGCUGCCCCUGGGGCACCACCUUUGGAAAACAGUGCUCGUUCACCUGUGGGUCACCAGCCAUCCUGCAGGGUGACAGUGACAGGUUGGUGUGUUUGGAGGACGGGCUGUGGUCUUUCCCAGAGGCUUACUGCAAGAUCGAGUGUCCCGAGGCUCCAGGCAUAGCAAAUGCCAAGCUGCUGUCAACAGACUGUCUGGUCUCAGGACAUGAUGUGGGCUCUGGUUGCCGUUACAAAUGCAACCCAGGAUUCUACGUAACAGGGAGUCUUAAAAAGAAGACACCAAGAAAAUUUUUUAAGUUGGAGUGCCUGGAAGACGGUCAAUGGGAGGAGUCUUCCUGUGAGCCGAUAUCUUGCCCAGCCCUACCUGACGUGUUCCAAGGCAUGUACACCUGCACCAAUGGCCUCUACUACAACACCGUCUGCACCCUGACGUGCCCUGAUAAAACCGAAAAUAGAGAGAUCCGCUGCACCAAGGAUGGUAAAUGGACCGCAGAGUUUACCAUGUGCUCCAGACUGACAGGAGCAUGCUCUACUCCUCCUGAUCUCAACUCUGUGGAGUACAGCUGUGACCAGGGGAUGAAUAUUGGUGCUGUUUGCCUCCCAACAUGCAUUGUGGCUCUGGACAUGGAUCUGCGUGAUCCUGUGGUCCUUCCAAAUGGCACGACAACCGACUCUUUAAAACACUGGAUGCUGCCCACCAAAGUCGAGAGUCUGGUCUGCACAGGGAUGAUGAAGUGGUACCCUGACCCUCAACACAUCCACUGCAUUCAGUCAUGUGAGCCUUUUGGAGGGGACGGCUGGUGUGACACCAUCAACAACCGGGCUUACUGCCAGUAUGACGGAGGAGACUGCUGCCCAUCCACGCUCUCCACCAGAAAGGUCAUCCAGUUUGGGGCUGACUGCGACCAGGAUGAGUGCACUUGCCGUGAUCCAGACGCAGAGGAGAAUAAGAGCAAAGCCAAGCCGUUGGAAGGAGGAGGCGGCGGAGGCGGAGGAGGAGGAAUGCAGUAAGAUGAAAGAGGCUGAACUCGUAUUAAACAAAGUCAAACCACAGACUGUACACCACAACAAACAAACACAGAAAUAUUCAAUUUUGAACAUUUGUAAUGCAAAGAAUGCGACUGAGGACAGACAUCUUUCAAUAAAAGUCCUUUUUUUGAUUUUA